GGGGGGAGCCCCGCCCCCGCCGGGCGUGUGUGUCGUGUGUGUUUGGGGCCCGCGCGGGUUGCGCGCCCUCCGCCUUCGCGCCUCCUGCCCCCGAGGCCCUACUGCUGCCCCUGUGCCCCUCGCCCCGCCGGGCGUCGCGGGCCAACAUGGGCCAGGAAGAGGAGCUGCUGAGGAUCGCCAAAAAGCUGGAGAAGAUGGUGGCCAGAAAGAACACGACCACACAAUAGUCAGAGAAGCCUGGUCAGGACCCGGGCCCCAGUCCUCACCUUGUGGCCUCCCACAGGAAGGGGCCCUGGACCUUCUGAAGAAGCUGCACAGCUGCCAGAUGUCCAUCCAGCUACUACAGACAACCAGGAUUGGAGUUGCUGUUAAUGGGGUCCGCAAGCACUGCUCAGACAAGGAGGUGGUGUCCUUGGCCAAAGUCCUUAUCAAAAACUGGAAGCGGCUGCUAGACUCCCCUGGACCCCCAAAAGGAGAAAAAGGAGAGGAAAGAGAAAAAGCAAAGAAGAAGGAAAAAGGGCUUGAGUGUUCAGACUGGAAGCCAGAAGCAGGCCUUUCUCCACCAAGGAAAAAACGAGAAGACCCCAAAACCAGGAGAGACUCUGUGGACUCCAAGUCUUCUGCCUCCUCCUCUCCAAAAAGACCAUCGGUGGAAAGAUCAAACAGCAGCAAAUCAAAAGCGGAGAGCCCCAAAACACCUAGCAGCCCCUUGACCCCCACGUUUGCCUCUUCCAUGUGUCUCCUGGCCCCCUGCUAUCUCACAGGGGACUCUGUCCGGGACAAGUGUGUGGAGAUGCUGUCAGCAGCCCUGAAGGCGGACGAUGAUUACAAGGACUAUGGAGUCAACUGUGACAAGAUGGCAUCAGAAAUCGAAGAUCAUAUCUACCAAGAGCUCAAGAGCACGGACAUGAAGUACCGGAACCGCGUGCGCAGCCGCAUAAGCAACCUCAAGGACCCCAGGAAUCCCGGCCUGCGGCGGAACGUGCUCAGUGGGGCCAUCUCCGCAGGGCUUAUAGCCAAGAUGACGGCAGAGGAAAUGGCCAGUGAUGAACUGAGGGAGUUGAGGAAUGCCAUGACCCAGGAGGCCAUCCGUGAGCACCAGAUGGCCAAGACUGGCGGCACCACCACUGACCUCUUCCAGUGCAGCAAAUGCAAGAAGAAGAACUGCACCUAUAACCAGGUGCAGACACGCAGUGCUGAUGAGCCCAUGACUACCUUUGUCUUAUGCAAUGAAUGUGGCAAUCGCUGGAAGCCUCCUUGGAGGAUGCCGAGAAACCUUUCAAAUUUUGUUGCCUUUCUGGUUUUGUAGUUCUGCUGAUGGAACAGCCAGCCAUGAACAAGGUGAGGAAGAAGAAAGAGGAAGCGCUGAAUUGUCUGAACUGGAGAAGCAAUAAAAAUUAAAGUGAAGGAAAAUACUGAACUCUGAGUGGGAUGGUAUGAGUUAGAGGAAGAAUUAUCUUGCAAAUUAAUAAUCGGUCAUUAGAAACAAUUGGUUAAUGGGGGAGCCUAAUUGGAGAAUGAUGCUGAGAAUCUGUAUUGAUGAACCUCUUUUAGAAACUGCAGAGGGCUAGGCACGGUGGCUUAUGGCUGUAAUCUGCAAACUCUGGGAGGCUGAGGUGGGAGAAUCGCUUGACCCCAGAAGUUUGAGUCCAGCCCAGGCAACACAGCAAGACCCCAUCUCUAUAAAAAGAAAAAAUAAAGAAACUGCAGCGCCUUAGACCUGAGGUGUCAUAUCUUUGACAGUGGGCUGGCAGACCUUUGCUUUGAGUUCCUUCUCUCCCAUCUGGAUCUCCCAGGCUUUUCCAAAUUGAAAAAUGCCAGAUCAACACAAACCUUACCCCACCCCCACCUCAGAGUCACACGUGCAGAACAGUUGACACACCAUUUGGCUUCAGCAGAUAUUACUUCCAUACUACGUAUUAGGUUGCUGCAAAAGUAAUUGUGGUUUUUGCAGUUACUUUUGCAGUGGCCUAAUAGAAAUAUUUCUUCCCUACUCUUUCCUCAUCUCUUCCCAAACUCUCUGCUAUUCCCUGUUCACACCUGGCUGUGGGGGCCUUUGAGGACUCCAGAUCAUAUCCCUCUAGGCAGGGAACAGAUCCUCUUGAGCUGGGCUUUCUGAGUGGGCUUUCUUGAGUGGGCUUUCUGAAGAUUACAGCAGCACUCUGACUUCCAUGGCCCCUUGAAAGUCCUGAGCCUCAGAACCUGCCCAGGCCCUAGCAAUGUGUCCCUCACAGCUCCAUCUGUGACCUGAGCUUCAGAACACAUCUGCAGAGCACAGAGACCUUGCCGUACUUCUCCCAUGAUAAUUAUUGGCUUGCUUUUUUUGUUUGUUUGUUUUGUUUUGUUUUGUUUUGUUUUGUUUUUUAGAGGCUGGAAUGCAGUGGUGUGAUCUUGGCUCACUGCAAUUUCCACCUCCCAGGUUCAAGCAAUUCUCCUGCCUCAGCCUCCUGAGUAGCUGGGACUACAGGCAUAAGCCACCAAACCCGGCUAAUUUUUUGUAUUUUUAGUAGAGACGGGUUUUCGCCCUGUUGGCCAGGCUAGUCUCGAAUUCCUGGGCUCAAGUGAUCCACCCUCCUCGGCCUCCCAAAGUGCUGGGAUUAUAGGUGUGAGCCACCGCACCUGGCCUCGGCUUGCUUUUGAUGCUGACAGAAACUUUCAGCAAAGCUGGAAACUUCUAGAAAAGCCUUGGGGAAGCUGUUGGGGCAACUAUAACCCAAGUUCCUCAUAUACCUUGGAUAUCAUUUACUCUAGAAUUGGUUACUGUCUUCUUCCUUCCAUCCAUAAGUGCCUUCUCCUGUAGAUGAAGCCCGGAAAUAAACUAGGUACAGGAGUCUUC